AUGUGCCUGGCCGAAAAUCUGUUUUCUUCGGUCUGGUUGAUACGGCCGUUGGUGGUCUCGUUUGAGGCUGAUUGGAAUCUAUCCCGCUAUCGUGAUGACAGCGCCAUCUUAAACUGGCCUACAGAGUCCAAUAAGCCGUUCCGCAGCUGUAAGGAGCUUGAGUGUUUUGUCGAAGUGUUCCGGACGCUACUGGUCGUUUAG